AUAUUUAAUUAAUGAUUCAAUAAGAGCAAUUCACAGAUGAACAAAUCUAACAGUAUGAUUAAUAAGCUGAUUGUAUUAAUCAAAUUUAUUUUAAUAGAGGCUAUUCAGUAGUUUUAACAAAUUCUACCUCUCAUUCCUGAGAAUAAAUGGGAACUCCAUAGUGACAAAAAUGGCUUUAAGAUCCAUCUUAGACCUGAUAAAGACACAGGUUUAAACUUUUCAAGAGGAGAAGGGUUUUUACCUUAUACUAUUGAUUAAAUUAUGGAAGUUCUUAAUUAAGUAGAAAAUGCUGAAAAAUUUGAUGAAUUAUGUGAAAAAGUAUUCAUUUAUAUUCCAAUAAAAUUUAGGCCUCUCUCAUAUAAAAAAUAAGAGAUGAUUUAUUAAUCUUUUAUUAAAGAUUAAAAGAUAUGUUUAUAGUGGUAUCAGGAAGAGAUUUUGUGAUUCUUUAAAAAAGACAUAAAAAUGGAAAUUAAUUAUGGGUAGUAGGCAAAUCAAUUGAAUUAGCUUCAAGACCACCUGUUAAAGGAAAAGUUAGAGGUGAAUUGAAAUUAGGAGGUUGGUUAUUAGAAGAGAAGGAAGGAGUAAUAAUUCAAUAAAAAUUUUAGGGUACUUAAGUUACCUAUAUGACUUGGGGAGAUCCAAAAGGAAACUUGCCAGCUAAGGCUGUUAAUUUUGCAUCUAGUGCCUAGGGUUAAGUUGUAGAAAGAUUAAAAAAGUUUAUGGAUUAAAAGUAUGGAAAAAAAUGA